AUGAAGCACACCACCUUCAGCAUCGUCGCCAUUCUGGCAGGCACGGCCUUCUCCCUCACAAUCCCUGGCAUCCUCCCAGACCCGACAUCCAUCCCAGAUGCUGCAAAGAAGGAUCCCUCUAGCUUGAAACUCGGCUGCAUCGCCUCAAUCGCCAUUGGAUUCAUGUUCGCAUCCCUCCUACUCGUUUGGAUCUGCCUUGUCAUCUAUUACGGUAUUGAUACCCUCCUUCACCCUCGCAUCGAAGGGGACGAGGAGGAGAUUGAGCGUCGUCGCAAGAAGGAUGUGAAAUUGGGAGAGGAUGAGGAAGAGGAGGAGAAAUCUUCGGGAAAUAGCUACCGUGCGGGACCCAUACUCGGCACAAUCUUUGGGGUUGCUUUCGCUCUUUGA